GGGGCAGCUCAUCGAUAUGGCAGAGCUCUGACUGAAACUGGCAUGGCCCGGCUGACUCUCUCAGAUGAAGAUGCCGCGGCGAGACAAUGGUUUGUGGAAGAGACACAAAGACUAGGCUGCGAUGUCAAAGUUGAUUAGAUGGGCAACAUUUUUGCUAGGCAAAGAGAAUCGCUAGGCUCGACUCUACCCAUGACUGCAAUGGGCAGCCACUUAGAUACCCAACCCCAAGACGGUAGAUAUGAUGGUAUACUAGGCGUCGUUGCCGGUAUCGAAGCAUUAAGAACGAUGAAAGAGAAUGGCUAUCACUGUAACUUCGAUAUUGGAGUUAUCAACUGGACAAAUGAAGAAGGCGCCAGGUUUCCGGGCACUACAGUCUCCUCCAAAGUUUGGGCUGGAGAAAUACCAAUUCAAAGCGCUUGGGAUCUGAGAGAUGUGUCAAAUUCCUCUAUCACUGUUACGGGCUGGACCCGAUUAGUGGAUCCGGGCCAGCGCCCGGAUAUUCUGCCACGAUUGACCGCGCGGGCUCUAUUACGCCUACGCUCCACCUCUGGGGAAGCUCCGCUUAUAAAUCUCUUCUCGUUAGC